AUGGCAAACGCCAGCUUAUCGAACCCUGAUAUGGAGCUUAGAGAAAGAAAUGUCGCCAGGCGGACUGACGGAUUGUCUUCUCUACACUUAACUGACGAUAUCCACUCAUUACGCCCAGUUUCUAAUGAAGAUGCUAUACACAACAAGUUACCAGCUCUGAAAUUCAUGCCUCUUAUGCUUCGCACAGCCUCACUUUGCAGUGGACUCGUUUUCAACCUCAUAGUUCUUGGACUCCUCAUUGCCUUGCUUUUUUACAACGAAUUCAGCUUCAGCAGCCAAUGGGGCUACCUCUCUAUCCAGAUUCUACCCCCGGUUCUCGGCACAAUCACUGCGUCGCUUUGGCACGGUAUUUCCGUGAAUCUUAGCCGCAUGACACCGUUCAUGCUGGCCGCAGCACCGUCUGGCUCUACGUUUCGCAAGACCAUUCUAGGGUCCUAUUUCCCUGGCCUUAGCCUUGGAAAUGCCAUUACCACCGGUAAUGGACUUCUUGCUUUUAUCUGGAUAUUGGAGAUUCUUUCUUCUACUAUUCUAUCGUUCAAGUCAUCCCUACUAAAUACGGCCGAUUACGACACAUACGUAGUUGCUGUUGUUACAUCAUGGGCAUUGUAUUCUCUCAUCGCAAUCUACGGGCUCAUGAUCUUACUGAACGUCAGCCUCAUAUACAAACUCUACAAUCAAAUCACUGGCCUCCGUUGGGACACUAUUUCUAUUGCAGAUCACUUAGUAUUAUUCCGCCAUAGCAACUUUCUCGAUGACUUAGAAGGCACGGAUACUGCGGAGAGAGAAUCGAUAUGGAUGCGCCUGCGGGACGACCGCCUCAAACUUGGAUAUUGGUUUCGGGGAGAGGAUAUAUGGCAUGGUUUCGGAAAGCUACCUAAGGUCGUGCAAAAGCCCAAGAAUAACGACGCACUACCGGAGCAGAGAACGUCGAACCAGGAUGAGCAUCCACCAACUAACCCUCAACAAUCCCCCGAACACGCAUGCCAAAAGCACAAAAUCAAAAAUUUCUCAAUGAAGGAUAUAGUUGCUACACGAUAUCGCUCCGUUGCCCUUAACAUGGAACAUUUCAUGGCAUACAUUUGGGUAACCAUUACCCUCACUCUCAUGGCCGCUUUCAUCACUGGGCUAGCAUUAGACAUGGUGGAUGGCAUUGACACCUCUAUCUCCUACAACUGGGCCAUUAUAAUUUUCCAGUUUAUUCCUACGUUUAUCGUCAGUUUCCACACGUGGUUCUGGCAAGACGUAGACCUGUUCACCCGCACGACACAGCCUUUUAGAGGCAUGUACAAACCAAGGCAGGCUUCUGAAAAUCUUCUCCUGGAUUAUAUCUGCCUUCCUCCAUUUGCUGUAACUUACAUGGCUAUCAAGAAUGGACACAUAAGGGUGGCAUGGACUUCGGUAAUAGCAAUCAUCCAACGACUCCUUCCCAUCCUGAUGGCUGGGUCAAUAACAGUAAUCUCCGAACAUGAAUCUGGUUCCACAAUCUACGCCUCCAAACCCUUGUCUAUUUGCGUUAUCAUUUGGCUUUUUCUGUAUAUCAUCCUGAUUCCGCUUGAGAUUUUCGGCUGGAGGCUACCAAGGCGCUAUGUUAAGAGACAUCUGCCCCGAUACUACAGCUCGAUUUCAGAUCUUGUUUCGUGGUCAUAUGCCAGCAAACUUCUUCGAGAUGACAAUGACAACGCUUUCGAUAUUCCAGUGAAGGGACCAAAGAACCAGCAGUGGUACAUGGAGGCGCAGCUUCGCCUCAGGCAGAAUGAGGAUGGAUCAGAUUUCGCCACGUACGGAUUUGGCUUGUAUAAGUCUACAGAGCACGACGGCGUGAGCUGUAUGGGGUUUGAUGACGCUUCGAAUGUUACUCUGGUACCUUGUCCGAGCCUCAAGAAGUCAGGUACUGUAGAAGAAGCCGAGGCGGAGCAAGAAAAGGUUGCCAUGCUAGCUCCAGAAGACCUGAAACACAUAUUGGACGCGUCUAAAGAGCGGUGGACCAAUCUUAAGACAAUUGAACAACACCCGCCUCAUCAAGAGGAGGAAGCAGCCUAA